AUGACUUCAGUUGCUCAACCAUCUCAAUCAAACCUUUCUUCAUUAUUAACCUGGGAGAAUCCUGCUCAAACCGGUAAGGUAUUUGGUGGAAUUGUGGCUACUUUGAUCGUUUUCAAGUUUGUCAACUUGUUAAAUGUAUUCUUCCAUUUAUCAUAUUUGGGACUUAUUGCUGCCGCUGCCGCUGAAUACGCUGGUAAGUUGGUCACUGGUCAAGGUUUUGUCACAAAGUACAAGCCAGCUACCAAGUCGUUUGCUGCCAAGUUAAACAAUGAAGCUUUACCGCUUAUCGCUGACUUCAACCUCAAGUUGGAAUCCGAAGUCCAAAAGAUUAUUUAUGCACAUGACCUUGAAACCACCUUAAAGGCUGCUGGUGUCUCCUACAUAUUGUACAAGCUUACCUCUUGGUUCUCCUUGUACACUUUGCUUGUCACCUCCGUUAUCUUAACUUUCACUGUACCAGCUGGUUACUUCCACAACAAGAAGCAAAUUGAUGCUGCCGUUCACAAGUAUUCUGAAUGUGCUAAGGCCCAGGCUUCUGAAUUGUACCAAAAGGGUCAUAAGGCUGCUGCUCCACACUUUGACACAUUGAUUAAGAAGACUGGUCCAGUUGGUUCAUUCAUCUCUUCAAAGAUCCCAACUAGAACUGCUGGUUCCACUGUUGGUGAAUCUCCAGCUGCUUACGCCAACAAGAUUGAUGAAACCCCAUCUGCUACCACCACUGGUGCAUCUAAGUUCCCAGAGGUUCCACAGACUACUGCAUCAGUUGUCGAUGAAGCUGAAGGUCUUAAAGCUGAAGUUACCAAAGCUACCGGUGAAGUUCCAGCCCCAAACUUGUAA